UCGUGGAUCAAAAGGUUGUUUUAUAUUUUCUCUUGGCAUUGAUGCAAAAAAAGCAAAACUUGAAGAAGAUGCGAAAUGCGGUUACAUUUUAUAUGAUCAAGUGGACUUUGCUAUAUAUGAUCAUCCACAAGACGGUCCGUGUUUCGGCUCUGGACCGGAUCUUUAUGUUAAUAUUAAACGCGAUCAACCUUUGGGAUAUCGUCAGCAUAGAUGUUAUAAAUCAGGUGUUUUCGAUAGACAAGGCAGUUUUAGAUGGAAGGAUUGGGAGGUAUUUCAAAUAGUUAAAAAAGAAAUAUAG